AUGGGCGUUCGCGGACUUACGUCUUAUCUUGUUCGUUCUGAAGAGUCAGCUCCAUACCUUAGGAGACUGAUCAAGCUGCGAGACACAAAGCUUAUCAUAGACGGAGAUAACUUGUGUAACUACCUUUACAAAGAAAACGGCUUCGAUUGCCGAUGCGGAGGGCAGUAUGAGGAGUUUUACAAGAAAGUACUGCUGUUUUUCGAAGCUCUAAAAUCUAAAGGUGUCGAAUCGUUCGUAGUUCUUGAUGGCGCAUAUGAUAGAAGUGACAAGAAGUUAGAAACACGGAAAGAAAGAACACAAGAGAGGAUCGAAAAGGCUGACCGGUUGUUCAGGAAUGAAACAUCAGCUGAUGGCGAUGAAUACUUUUUACUUCCACUUUUGGCGAAGUUUGUAUUCGUAGAAGUCCUAAGGGAUCACUUGAUAAAAUUUGCUGUUUCUGACUGGUAAGAUGUCAUCAAAUAGUUAAUUAGCUUGCACUUAUGCUAUAACACUGGCUAAGAAAUGUGGUCGUGUUCAAAUGCAUAUGAAACGAAAGAUGGAGAAAUUUCUUUUUGGUUCCAUUUCUGUAAGCUUUCCCCUUCUUUUAACGCAAAAAAAAUAUGUUUUUUCGCCCACAAGACGGCAGUUCACGUCCAUUUGGGUAUUUUAUUCACUUAACUGAAGCUUGUACUAAUAAGUGUUCCGGUUAUGUUUUGCUUUCACUUUCGCACGUAACCGGAAUUAAGACAAAAUAAAUUACAGAUAUUGUUAGCUUCUUAUUCACCGAGCGGGAGAACUGCACUAAGGAAGCCCCGAGGUUGUGAAAGUGCGAAUCAAGCGCAGCGAUUUGGUUGAAUAAGGUAUUACCUGUGAAGAAAAUCAAAGGCAAGCGUGAUUGAAGAGAACAGGGUGUAAUAGUCACCAAAGUGUCAUUAAACGUUUUCGGAUCUCUUGAACAGCUAAAAGGAAAAAAAUUGAUUCGACGACUUAUUACAAGGUUUAUAAUGCCAAGUGUGCUAGUCUCGUGGAGUUUAAAAAGCAAUUUCUUUUCUCUUUUUAAUUCUACAGUGAAGCGGAUCAUGACAUCGCAUCUUUAGCCAAGGAUUGGGCAUGUCCUGUUUUGAGCGACGACAGCGAUUUCUUCAUCUUUGAUGUCAAGGGCGGCUUCAUCCCACUUUCCUCUUUCGAUGUUGAUCAGUCAACAGCGCGUAUUUUCUACCGCAGUGACGUGGCAAGAUAUUUUGGAAUACGUGAAGAAUUGCUCCCUUUGCUUGCUUCCUUACUGGGUAAUGAUUACGUGAGUCGGGAAGCGUUAAAGCCCUUCAACCGCACAAUUUGCAAUUUUCCCAGUGAUGGUCUUAGUGGAAAGGAAGUGAGGUUUUCAGGUGUCAAAUAUUUCCUCUCCCAGCUCCCUAAUUCAAUCUCAGAAACACAAGCGUUCGAGUGCGUUUUGGGAUCGAUAGAAUCGAGUGAAAGUAGGGAGCGGCUUGAGAAAGCUGUCGAGUAUUCCCUUCAAGAAUACGCAAUUACGAAGUCCAAUUUAUUCGAUUACCUCCGAAAUGGAGUGGUCUGUAGUCUUCUAAGAACCCAAAGUAAUCUCGAACUUGACGAAGAGGUGUUGCGCAGGUUUCGCGAAGGAAAGUUUUCUACCGAUUGUAUGAGCAGCUUAACGGCGGGAAAAGUAUUUCUCAGAGUUCAGGUCGAGGACUGUGAGAGAAGAUCAUCAAAUCAGUGUUCAAUGGCACUGAGACAGCUGAUGUAUGGCAUUUUGAGCGAUGGAGGAAGAAACAUGAAGAGGAUCGAGGAAUGGGACAGAGAGGGCUUUGCACUCAUGAACACAGAUGUUAAGCCUUACAAUGAUAAGAUCCCUUCGAUCAGUUCUAUACUAAUCGAUCCUCACGGGAGAUUAACGAUGUUCUUGGAUGCGCUAGAUUCAGACUCGGCUUAUAUAAAAUCAUUACCAAAAGAGCUAGCGUUAGUCGCAUCAUCUCUUCGUUUUCUUCAUCGUAACUCGCAACCGCCACUGGAGAAUAGUCAUCUGCACGCUCUACUUUGUAGUUGUGUCAAACUAGAGGAUGGUUCGUGGAAACAUUAUCUAGAACAUCCAACAAAAGCUUUCUCCCAACCCUUUGAUGAGAGAGCAGCGCAAAGCUUUUGUCAGUGGCAGUGUGUCUUGAGAGAUGCCAUUCAUCUCAACUUCGUUUUGCUUGAGCCAGUGCAGACACCAUGUAUCCGCAAAGUUUUCAAUGGAAAACUGGUGCAUUGCCUCCAGAGGGAAUUGACAACAGGUAAUAACAAGUUUAAAACAUUUCUUCCAAUUUUUCUUCCUUUUUAAAUCUUUUUUUCGUAUGACGAAACGGCUAAAGCUCCAGAAGAAACGAUAACAUGCGGCAAACGUUUCUAGCACAACGUCAUGCAAAAUGAACGUGUCCUUUGUUAAGUAGUUUUGCCUUUCCGUCGCAUUUAUUUCUUGUGGAAAGGGAACAUGUGAAUUUACUCCCCUAGAUGAUUGGGGCGAAAGUCACUGUAGGGAUUUUGUGUUUUGAAAAAAUUUUCAUCAGGAAAGCCUAUAUCUUUUCAUUAACGUUGAGUUUAUCGUCGUGUUGCAAGGUUUAUUUUGAAAACUAUUAACACAGAAAAAAGGUUAAAAUGAUUAUUUUGCCCCUCUCUUUCAGGCAGUAAGCCAGAAUCCUUGAUGUCUCCAAGCUCUCUUGCUCGGUAUCAAGAGCUUUGCACAGCAAUUACUGUCGACCAGGAGGAAAAAGGUAGUGAACACAAUUUUUCAAUACAGUUUUCUGGAAGGAUCAUUAGUGUAUUCUCAUUCUCACAGUUCGCUUAAAAAAAAUUUUUCAAUUUUUUUCAUGUGCUCUCGCAAUCUUGAAACAAUCGGAUCGGAUGCCAUUUUUGGUCCGGAUUGCGAACGCUCGGUUUGUAGAUAUUGUAAUCCUUUACUUGAUGUUCUUUAAUGAAUUCAGUCUCCACUUUCCACUGUAAGUAAGUACAUCAACCGUUCCCUUUGUAGACGAUGGGCCAAUUUGCUUGUUAGUUUGAAUUUUUUUCCAAAAAAAAAAAAGUCGACUGAUGAGCCAUCAAACUACUCAGCAUCUCACUGAUAUACCUUAGACACUCUUAAAAAUAGCCAUUGUUCCAUAAACACAAUCUAAAUGACGAUAAAUAUUUUUCCAUCUUUAUUCAGAUUUCUUUUAUUUUCAUUACCAUAUUUUUUAUUCACAAGUAACAAGAGAAAAAUUAGAGUUAAAACCAUACCUAGAUUUUAUAAAAUUUUUUAAACUAUAUUUCUAUUUUUUCACGAGUCAGGUAUAGAUCCUCAGUCCUAUCCUCAUAUGCCAGAGGAAAUACGAAGCUUUAUUCACUUCUUCCAUAAGCAUGUCACUAACCAGGUUAGCAUGUAUUUGAAUUGAUACGAUUUUAUCCUGAUAUGGUUAUCUGCUUGUUUGGUAAUAAAACCAUGCAAAUUACAGUUCCACUUUGCUGAGGUCACUCAACCCUUCAACUUCUUUAAGUGACCAAUAAUUUUUCCUUAGUAUUAUAGCUCCAGUGAUUAAUGAGAUGCACACGCUCUGAUUGGUCAAGGAUUGCAUCAUAUCUCGCUAAAAUCACCUUGAACAAGGUGAUUAUAGUAUUUCAAACUUGGUUUCCUUGUAGUUUGUCAUUAUUCAUCAGGAAGUGAUAAACGUGAUAGAACAAAACAGAAUUUAACAAACACUAAAGAUGCUACUAAGCUUGGUGUAAAACUUUUCAAAAGGAAAAAAUGUUUUUGCUGAUUGAAUGAAAUAAACCUGUCAAAUUCUACUGGAAACUGGUUGCUCAUCGUGAUACGAGUAAUCAAAACAAUUGUAACAGAUUGUUAUAAACAAUUAAAAAAAGAAUUUACAACAGAAUUCAAAAGCACCUGAGCGAUUAUACUAAAACAAUUAUUCCCCUCUGGUUCGGUGAAUAUUGUUGAAUAGUCUGCUCCUCUUCAUCUUAAGGAUUUUGCAACAAUAAUCACCUCACCUUCAGAGAGUAAUUGUUAGUUACAAUAUCAAUGCAUGUACAGUAUCAAGCAGACAGUUGAUGGGAAUGAGGAAAAAUAUCAGUUAGGGGAUUAUUUAGUUGAUCCAAUACAAAAUUUUACAAAGUAACAUCAUAAGAACUACAUACAUUAAAAACCUGAAUAUAAGAACCUACAAUUUUAAGAACCUGUUAGGCUAAAAUUUCACUGUUAAGUAUUUCACUUAUAAGCGCCAUUCUAGGCUAGAUUCUUAAGACAGGUUCUUAUUUUUAGAACGUAGAAUUUGUUUAAAUUUGAUACACUACAUCCCAUGCAAUUCAAAAAGGUAGCUGUACCAUAUAUAAAAUAUCCAAAUGUGUGUACAAGUUAACCAUGUAAAGCAGGGCACUAUGAGGCUGGCAUACAGCCCAUUUUUUUUUUUUUUUAACAAAUUAUGAAUGGGAUUAUGAACCUAACCCAUCUCCCGACCGUAAGUACCAAAAUUUAGAGGUAAAUUUAGUACCUAUUUCUUAUAUCCUUGUUUCUACACAAAAUAGCUCCUUUUAUUAUAUCUUCCAGAAUCUCUCUGGCAUUCAGUCCAUCUAUGAAAAGAAGUAAGUUCAUUACGGUCUAGAACACAUGUUGAUGCAAAUUAGUGUUGUACUCCAGACUUUACUUUUUGUGACAAGAAGUAUUUGAGUUUUCUAAACAUAUCUUUUGCCUUCUUUGAUCCAGGUUCAACAAAUUGACUAAGAGAUAUUUCGAAAAAUCUCCUUGGCCUGAACCUGAUUAUGUCGCAAGCCUUGUGGAUGGAGGUGUGUUCUAACCCUUUCCACCCUAACAUCAGUAUUCAAAUUCUCCAUACUGUUCUCUGUACAUUUACUAAGUUGCUGACAAGGAGAAUUUGUCUAACAAUCAGGAGUUCCUUUAGUUGGUGAUCAUUUCCUUUAUUCUCAUGGCGUUAAUAUGUGAUUCAGUAAUGAUGAGUAAAGAAAAAUUAGAUGCUAGUCACUCUUAGGGGUAAAGGGUUAAAGAAUAAGGAAAUGCAUCUUCAUUGACUGAAGUGCUGUAUGUCUUUCUGCCUGUCCUGAUAUUUAAAUGAUUGAAUAGUUCCAUGAGCAACCAACUAACAAACUGACUGAACCAUGGAUUGUCUCUAGUACAUGUCAGGUUGCUGCUAACUGUUGUACUGCUCUGCACUCAUUUGAGUUGUUUGAAGGACUAAGUGAGUUAAUUCUUGGUUCCUUCAAGAAUUAACUCACCUAGUUAUUAUUAAUAGGACAGUUACCUUUUUGAAGCAGGGUAUUGAUCUAUGGUAGUGUUGCCUAAUAGUUGUCUCCCCAAGUGAGUCAGUGAAUUUUCUUGCUGUAUAUAGGUGUAACCCACACUCAUGUCCAGAAAUACACGCACAAAAAUGGCAGAUUUGACAAAUUUUUGUCAAACCAAGUGAAUGUUUGUGAAUUUUUUUAUUUUGGCAAAUUUUAGUCAAAUUGGUCAAAGAAAAAUUGGCUUGGCAGGAUUGAUGAUUUGAUGAAUUUUAGUCAAAUUCAUCAAAGCCAAAUCAGCUUGACAGAUUUGAAUAUUUUGACAAAUUUUCACUACUUUUCAUUACUGCAUGCAUUCCUGGACAUAUCUGGUGACCCAUUACCAGCACCUUACCCUUCUUGACUAUCUACCUCUUGAUUUGAAGUGGUUUACAAAUUAAAUAAUGAUGUUUUAUUUCUUGUAGACCAAGUGUUUUUGAUCCUUUACAAAGAGCUGUACUACAGACACAUCUACAACAAGCUCAAGGUAAGGCUAUUAACCCAUUUACUCCCAGGAUCUGAUUGUUGUUUCUCCUUCCUAGCUGGAACACAUUUCCUUGUAAACUAGUUGUAAGAACAUAUUGUUAGAUCAAGAUAACAACUUCUACCUGGUAAGUUUGAGUAUUCUCAUUAACUGUCUGCUGGAUUAUGUGAGGAUAUUACUGGGAGAAGUUCUAUGUUGAUCACUUCUGGGAGUUAAAGGGUUUAAACAGAAAUGAUAUUUUUAAUUGAGCAUACAAAUUAGGGAUUUGUUGAUAUUCUUCUACCCUUUAAAAAUUAUUUGACUGCGAAACUAAUUUGAUUAAAUGCAAAAAGGUGUAAGUGGAUAUUAAGGCAAUAAUUUGAAACCUGACAUAACAGUUGAUUGUGAAGUGUUAUCAUUGGGUUGAAAGUACUUGACCAUGAAAAUGACUUUUUUUCAACAAAACUCCUUUGAAAGACUCCCCUCAUCUAGAAUAUUACUCUUCACAAUCAAACAUUUGUCAGCUAUGUAGGAAUGAUAAAAGUUAACACCAUUCUGUAAUGUUUUUCUAAACAGUAUUUUUAAUCAUUGUAUGUAUUCAGCCAACACUGGAACAUCACUUUGAAUCUUAUUUCAACUACUGUGAUCUUUUCAACUACAUUUUGAGUAAGUUUAGAAUUUUGUUUUUUGUACUGUCUAAAUUUCCAAUUUUGAGUAAAAAAAAUAUUAUCACUUAACACAAAAAUAGAAACACUCAUCAAAAUAUGCAAUAUCUUGUAGACACAGAUGAACCAGUACCUCUCAGCUUGCCUGAUCAGUGGUUGUGGGAUAUUAUUGAUGAAUUUAUUUACCAGGUUAGAAGCUUUCCUCUAGAGAGAAAAUUUCUCUUACUGAUCAAGUGUGAGGUCCAUAGUUUAACUUAGGGGCCAAAUUUUUCGGCUCAGAUUUUAUGGUCCAAGCACAAAGCAUAAGAGUUUCUGUAUUCUUAUCACCUUUUUUCUCCAUAAUGUAAUCGAAGGAAGAGGAGAAAUUUCAGUACCUGUUCAUCACAUCUGGAAGUUAAAUGAACAGUGCUUACUGCCAGCAGAUGUCUACAAGAAUUGGUUGCUUUUGAAACAUUCAGUAUAGUUAACUUUACUCAAUGAAUGUGUAAUUAAUCAUGGCUAAUUUGAGUACACUAAAUCCUAGGGAAUUUGAUAGAUUAUUGCAUGUAAAACAUUUUCAGUUCCAAGCAUUCAGCCAGUACCGAUCAAAGUUGUUGAAAAAGGGAAAAGACGAAGUUGAAAUUUUAAGAGAAAAUACAAAGGUAUGCUAAGUAAAAGAAUAUGUGUAGAGAAAUACAGUCAUGUAAAUAUUGUAGGAUUCAGUAGAGGCACUUUGAUAAAAUGUUGUUUCAUCCCAGACUGUCUAUUGAUUAAACUGGAAGUUGGUGUGCUUGUUUUGGGAAGGGUGGAAAUCUGGAGAAACAAGGGCAUGGACACUAUAAUCCACAAGUAUUUUGUGCUUAGUCUGAAGCUUGAUUAGGGUAAAUGUAUUGUGUUGAAGAGACUAUUUUUAAUGGUAAUAGGACUGAGAAGAUUCCAUUUAAUCAAAUCUAUGACAGAAUCUGAGAGACAAAUCGGUUUUAAGUUUUCAUUAAAUGAGCAAAAGUUAAGUCAGCAAAAUACAUGAUGAGUGCAUGCACAUGAUGCAUACUGUCCAAUUACACAGGCAUGUGUGAUGUGUACACUGUCCAACAUACAAGCAUGAUCACACAGUGUCCUAUCCAAUCAUGUUUGAGAAUUUUUCAUAGUUUUGAUUAGCUGAUUAAUCAAUACAGGAGGGGCUUUGAAUAUUGAAAAUGAUUUUCUCCACUAGGGAGAAGAUAGCACAAUGAUGAUGAAAAAUACUGCAAUUAUGCCAAAUUGCCAUUUAAUCAUAUCAUUCAUCCUGAUCUUUAGGAGGAUCUUAUCUUUCAGAUUUGGAAUGUUCACAGUGUGCUCAAUGUGUUGUAUUCUUUGGUGGAGAAAUCCAAGAUUAAUCACCAGGUUGGUAGCUACAAAAUAUUUAUAAUAAAUUUCUGAGCAAUCUAAUUGCAGUGAUCUCCAUUUUUGGAGUUCAAUUUGUUUUACUGUAGACAAGACAAAUACAUGUAGUUUGGACAUGCCAUGGAGGUGAAUGAGAAUGUUUCUUUACAUGGUUUCUUAUUUCGGGAUAUGGUUAAAAAAAAAAAUUCAAUAUGACCAUCAUAAUUAAGAUCCUUGUUUUAUCAGAUGUCAACUUGCCCUUCCAUUUACUAACUCAGGUUUCAACAUUAGGCAUAAGUUGUUUAAAUUUGGAUCACCAAUUAGUCUGGCAAACUACAUGCAAAAAUGCUCUUUAGCCCUGAGGCAUUUCUACUUUAACCUCUUCUCAAUUAUUUGAUAUCAAAAAUUCUUGCAAACUGAUUCCCAUAAAUUUUGAAUACAACUAUACACAUCAAGAUAUUUCUAUUCAAAUGCAAACUCCACAGCUUUGGGGUUUAAGUUUCUUUACUUGUAUGGAGGUUCUUUUUUCUUUGUGGCAUGCAUCCUACAAAAUGACUGACAUGGACUUGCGUGUUGCUUACAGUUAAUUAUAUCUAACUCUGUACUUGAGCCAAUUAUGGCUCUCCCAGUCAGAGCUUAUCCCAGUGUACUUAACAUGAAGCUGCAAGGAGUAUCACUACUCACCACUGGAUAGGAUGUUAGUCCAUCACAAGGUCACCCCCCUUCCCCUCCUACCAAUUUAUCAGGCUUCCCUGGUAUUUUUUUCAGUACACAUUUCUACUCCUGAGUGGAGAUGGGCACUGUGAGAAUAAAGUGUUUUGCUCAAGAACAUUGUUUCAAGAUCCGUUUUUAUCAACCAUUCGGUAGCAUACAGUGUUGUAAGACAAUGGGCACUGUGAGAAUAGUUAGUUUUGAUGGCGCAAGUAAUCACGAAUAUUGUAACAAACAUUGACCAGGUCAGGUGUCAAACCCAACCCACCCAAAGUCCACCUCUGGGUCCCCCUAUCUCCAAAGUCCAAUUUACAAUGCUAAACAUCCCAAUAUCAGUUGAUCAUUUUUUCCAUUAUUCUCAAGGAGAUUUUUCUUACCAAUCAAGAGCUCCUGUACUUGUUGAUCAUUUCCAUUAUUCUCAUGACCUUAAUGUUUGAUUCAGGGAUGAUUCUAUAAGGAGAAAUUAGAUGCUAGUCUCUCUUAGGGUUUAAAGGGUUAACACAAGAUUGAAGAUUUAGUUUAUGUUGAUAUGACUGUUUUUUUUUUUUUUCACAGCUUGAGAGGUAUAACCAAGGGGGUGACCCAGACUCAGUAGCUGGCGAGUUUGGAAUUCAUCCACUCUACAAGAUGCUAGGUUACUUCAGUCUGAUCAGUUUGCUACGACUGCACUCGCUGCUUGGCGAUUAUUUUCAGGCCUUCAAAGUUCUGGAGAAUGUUGAGCUAAACAAGAAGGUAAACUGAAGAGUAAAAUAACAGUUGGAAAUACUGGAGUGCUUAGAUAAUUGUCACAGUGGUCAGUUGGAACAUUUAAGGUUGACAUUAUGUAGGAGAAAGUGAGAACUCAAAUAAAAACCAUAACUGAAAAAAGGUUUAGAAAAAUAAGAAUGACUUAGUUGCAGUCAGUGUAUUGGUUUGGUUGAGGGGCUGUAACAAGUUUUGUACACCAAUCACAGGGCGUUAAGCACAAUCGAACCAAUCCUUCAUUCCUCGACACUGAAGUGAAAAUUUCUCUAGCUCAAAUGCAAAGAGGUUUUUAUUUAUUAUUUUUUUGUUUUUUCCUAGCCUUGUACAAUAGUUUUUGCACUGCAUUUCUAUGUAACCUAUACAUAUAGUACAGGGAAUAUGUAACAUUCACCAGCUGAUACAUUUGCCAUUUCUCAUCACCAAUUUGUUGGAUAAUGUCUUGAUAUUGUAAGGAUAAUUUAAAAAUGUACAUCUCUUUCAUUUUAAAUCAUUCACUGUAUGAUGCACAAUUUUCUUUGGAGAUUCAUGCUAUACCAAUACACUGUACAUCAGUGAUAUGUAUGUUGUCUCCCAACAGAGUCUAUACUCAAGAGUUCCAGCUUGCCAGAUCACUACCUACUACUAUGUUGGGUUUGCAUACCUCAUGAUGAAGAGGUACCAGGUAGGGAAGGUCUAUCAGCAUAAGGCAGGGAUGAAUAUAUGGUUAAUAGACCGCUGGAACUGUUAGACAAGAAAAUACUGGGCCUAAGUUCAAGGCAUACUAAAGACAAAUAUUUUUGGGUCCGGCCCAACCAAAAUUAGUUCUUUGACUACAUAAGUUUCAUUGCUGAUUGCAGAACACUUGCUUGUGACCAUUUAAAUUUGGGCUUAAAACUCAGGAUUAACAUCAUACAGUGUAACAGAAAUUCUAAUUUUCUCAACCAAGGCCUCUAUGAUUGUUACCAGAAGAUGAACUCUUAUCUUUCCUCACGUUAGGAGGUAGAAUCUCUUUUCCUUCUUGUUUUGGAUCAUCAGAUUGCAUAUUUUAUCCUCAUUUGCAGUUGUCAAAUUAUGAAUUUGGCUUAAAGAGAAAAAAAAAAAGAAAGAACAACAUCCAGGAAUCCUCCCUCCUGAAGUAGGGUAGGAUAUCUUUAUGUAACCAGAAUUAUAUAGAACAUGAUCUGUUUCUAUUCUAGGAUGCUAUUCGCAGUUUCUGCAAUAUUCUGCUUUACAUUCAGAGGACCAAUGAUAUAUUCCAAACUAUAUCCUAUCAGAAUGAACAGGUGAGAAGUCCCACAAGGGGUCAUCAGCUUAAAUAGAGUCUAUUAUUUUCAAAGGUUUCCACAGACACUGAUCUCUUUCUGUCAGACAUCAAAUAAGAGAUUGAGUGCAUUGAUGUUUACUAAUUAAACAUUGAGGUCAAGAGUUUUUUUUACCCUCAUCAAAUAUAACACAAAGAAAUCAAGAGAAAAUUAUCCAAUUGUUUUAGAAUAAGUUUUCUAGUCAUUCAAAACUUCACAAGUUUGGUUUGCUUUUUAGGCUGCCCACUUUUAACACCAUCUAUCAUUGAAUAGAUUGCAAGAAGCUAUCUGUUCCAUGAUAGAUAGAUGGUAGAAUUUUUGGUAUUUAUACCAAUGAGCAUUACGUUACCAACAUUUCUUACCCAUAGAUAAUGAAGAAGAAAGAUCAGAUGUAUGUACUGCUGGCCAUCUGUCUGACGUUAUAUCCACAGGUAUGUAGUUCUUAUUCUCAUGGAUCAGUCAUUAUUUUCUUUCCAGGGGGAGGGGUUCAGAGGAUUUUGGGGUGAUCACAUGGUUUUCACGGGAAUUGGUUCCCAACAGAUCAUAAGGUGGGGUGGGGGGGCUAGACAAAAUUGAGUGCCAACUAACUGCCAAUGAAAGGGGAUCAUAAGAUUACAGAGCCUCAUAGGGGGAUCAGGUAAAAUUUAUCGUGAUGCAAAUGAUAUCGUCCGAAUUCCCCCUUAGAUGUGGUUGAUUUUGUUUCAUUUUUUUCACCUUUCCUUGUCAAACCCAAAAAAGCACAUGAUGAGAUUUUAUAAAACUGUGUCUUUGUUGCAGCGACUUGAUGAACAUGUUCACUCACAACUGAGGGAGAAAAAUGCAGAUAGGUUGCAACAACUUCAGCGUGGGUAUGUUGAGUGUUUCUUGUUUGUUUGGUUUUUUGGGUCUGUGCCUCUUUGUUGAAAAUUCUUCGUUUGUGCACUGGAAAAAACUGUGGCUUUGACCUUUCCAAAAGUUUGAGCAUACAUGAGCAUCAACUGUAUGUAGUAAUUAAUUUUUUUCAAUUAUUUCUUCCAUUUUCUUCCAACAGAAAUUUGCAGACAUUUGAGGAGUUAUUCUCAUAUGCUUGUCCUAAGUUUAUCUCCCCAGUCCCUCCAAACUUUGACGCACCUCCAGCUAAUUUUAACAGGGUAAGGACAUUUUAGCAAUCUUCAAAUGGUUUUGCUCAACUUUGCUGUGUGAUUGGUUCGGAAAACUUGCGCCUCUUUCUUAACCGAUGAGAUUCCAAACUAAAACCAAUUGCAACUUAGUCUCUCAGGUCUUCCUGCGCCAAGGGCAUGUAGGCUUGAUUGUCGAGUUUUCAUUGGAUACUUGUAUUUUUUUAACUCUGAUUGGUCGAUGUGAUUUAUCCACACUUUCAGUCAAUUUACAGAGACACCUGAUCUACUUCAAUAAAUUUUGAAUUCAUUUGAAGACAAAUGGAUCACAAGAGACUUUGAAAUGUAAAAUGUGAGUUCUUGAAUUCUUCAUCACAACUGUUUAACCCUUUAACCCCUAGGAGUGACUAGCAUCUAGUUUCUCCUUACAAUAUCCCCACUGAAUCACACAUUAAUGUCACGAUGAUAAAGGAAAUGAUCACCAACGGAAAACUCUUGACUGUUAGACAAAUUCUCCUUGUCAACCCCUUAGUAAAUGUAAAGAGAACAGUUUGAAGAGUAUGAAUAUACUGAUGUUAGGGUGUAAAGGUUAAAUUGUAGCGAUUUUUUUUAACAGUUGUUUCAAUUGCAUCCUUUUCUUCUCUUUUCCAGGAACCAUUUAAUCUUCAGCUGAAAGUUUUCAUGAAUGAAGUGUUGCAGCAGUCUCCGAUACUAGUAAUUAGAAGGUAAAGUUUAAAACAGAAGUUUUGUGUCAGUUUCUAUUUAGAAUCAGCAUGGCCCUCACUUGACUUGCUUUCAACAAUCAAACUUACACUGCAUAAAUAACGUUAUGAUAUUCUUUAGACCACUUUUGAUUUAGCGUCAUAAAACUAAAUUCAAAAGAAUCAUAGCCAGUCAGGACUAGGUAAAUAUUACUAAUAGCCAAUGAAAGCCAGGCACUACAGUAACCAGCGUCAAAUGUGGGAAAAACGUGCAUAACAAAAUUGCCAUUGCUCUAGUUUUGUAUCUGAUUGGCUGGUGUGAGAAUUUUUAGCAGUGUAAUAGCAAUAGCAGUGUAAAUGAAAGCAAACAACAGUGCAAUUUGUUUCAGUUCCCCUAUUCUUUGGAAUUAAAUGCUCCAUUCUGUGACUGUGAUCGAUAAGUUUUGUUGGAGAUGCAAGUAAACCUCCAUUUCCAUCAUGGAAAGUUUGUGUGCCUUUUGUUUUUUUUAGCUAUUUGAAGUUGUACACCACAAUGCCCAUCGCAAAGCUUGCUGCAUUUUUAGACAUGGUGAGUUAAAAGAACCUCUUUUCCACAAUGAAUAAAACUCUCUGUCUUCUGUUUUUUUAUUUUUUGGUCCAAGAGUAGUAAAAAACAAAAACUUUGUUCCCUCCAUGGAAUGGGUUUCAAUCUUGACACUUAAGUUAUCAUCUGUGUUCCUUCUGUAGGAUGAGAGUCAGAUCAGGACCCAACUGCUCUGCUUCAAGGUAAGUCUCUAAACAAAAUUUUCACAGGGUUAGUAUGGUAUAAUGCAGUUCACAACAUUUGGCGAAAAACUAUCCUUUACUUGUCUUGGUAACCCUUGUUGAUUCCCUUUCACAGCAUAAACAGAGGAAUCUUGUGUGGACGAAAGGAACAGAUGCUCUCGAGGGAGAGCUCCAGUCUUCCUCUGAAGUGGACUUUUACAUUGACCAGGUGAAAAAAAACAUCCUUUCGUGAGAGUAACCAACCCCAAAAUUGAGAUGUGUUCAACUCUUUGACGUAGAAAAAUGUAACGUAACUCCGAUGACCUAUCAGAUUGCUGAGUAAUACCUUACAGAGACAAUGAGAAAUCUUAAAGUUAAAAAAAGCAAAUCACUUACAUGUAAAACUUGAGAAAAAUGUGGGGAGUCAAGUCGCGACUAGGUUUGCUUUCGAUUUGGAUCGGUUGAGAAGGGUGCAAAAGGUUUUUUCAGACCAAUCAUUACAAUAGGCAAAACCAAAGUAGUACAUGCGGUUGAAGAUGGCUCUAAUUGCAUUAGGUAAUGGAUGAUGAAUUUGUUUGUUUUUUUGAAAAAUAUACUCAAUUUUAAGCAGAUAAGGUCAUCUCAAAUAUGUUCUCUAGAACAAACCAGUUUUCCUCCUCUCAAAAAUGGUUAUUUUUCCUUGAUAAAUACUUUUCUCCUACUUUCAGGAUAUGAUACACAUCGCAGAUACGAAAGUUGAACGGCGGUAUGGAGAUUUCUUUAUUAAACAGAUUCACAAGUUUGAGGAGGUAAGACUGGUCCCUCAUUCUCUACAAGUAUGUUAAUAAACUCCAGCUAUAGGCUACCUGCCCCCCCUUCUCUUAUCCACCCUUUUGGUUACAAGCCAAUAAUAUGAAUGUUUUAUGGCCAAAAUAACACUCGUCACAGAACACUCAGAACUAAGAAAAGAGGGCAACAACUACUUUCUACAAUGCUGUUUUGUAAAAUAACGUGAUAAGAGGAAAGUUUUAUGAGAUAGAGCUGAGAGCAAAUAGUUAAAGUGACAAUGGUCUAGACACUAUCAAAGAAAAAUGGUAUUCACUCAAAAAGCGACGCUGCAAGCUCUCAUGUAUUGUGCUGCGGUAUUUGCAGCUAAGCCCGCGAAUUUCAAGCUGGCGAGUGUGCAAAAGGUUCUUGAGGGGUGUGGUCUCAUGCCAGAAUUCUUGCAGCCCCCCUCGCACAUUGCCCACCCAAUCGGAUCCCGGAGGCUUUGCCGCUCAUGUCCUAAUGCCUACUGAUCGCGAUCUGUUGCUUUGCCAAGAGGUGAUGAUGUUUGAGAUGCUGCUGAGACACAACUUUUGACAAGUUACUUGUUCUUCCUCUUUCAGGUCACAAGGAAAAUCCAAGCAUUCAGUAACACUUAAACAAUCACCUGAGGAAAGAUACUGUUUAGAGGAGAAGGAGAUAAAAUCCAGAGAAACACCGAUACUAAUCAUCUAUCCAUCCCAGUGUACUCCUUUUUGCAAUCUGUGAUAUCAUUAGAAGUUUAUUUUUCUGGCUUUGCCAACAAUACAUAUAAUGUAGGAAAUGGGUAAAUUACAUAACAGUAAUGGGCAGGCAACAACCACAACAGCGAUAACUAAUUACUGUGGUCUCAGGAAAAUUAAAGUAGUAAAAAGAUUACAUCAGUAAUUAAUAAUUAAGAACAGCAUGGAGUUGGUGUUGUUUUCAGACUGCGAUAUGAAUUACGUUUUGCAUAGAUAGUUUUAUAAGUCCUAGGAUAGUCAAUGUCAAAGAUCUCUUGGAGUGCAGUUGAAUAAUAACACAUCAAAGCACGUUUGAAGUCAUUUACAUUGUUCACACUUAGGUUAAGCUUGUCUGGCAGUGUGUUCCAGAUUCUUAUUUUUCAUACAAUAAAUGACCGUUGAAAAGUUGAAGUCUUGCAUUUAGGUACAGAGUAUUUGGUAACAGCCGUAUUGGCAGACAAUCCUGUAUGUCUUGUAGAACGAGCAAUAGGAACAAUUGUAGGGUCUAUAUCCAGUAACAUAUCUAAGUACUCAUGCCAGUAGCUGAUAGGUAGUAAGGAAAGGGCU